AUGAAACUAUGGUUUUUAAUUGAAAUUACAGCAUUUACCCUCUUAACAUUGAGAAUAAACUUAAUCAAUGAUGUGUCUUCUUUUAAGAAAUAUUUCGACGAAAACUACAAUGUUCUUAGAAAAUUAGAUAAAAGAAUUUAUAGAUUACUAACAAAAAAUAAGCAGAAUUCUCAUUUAAGUACUAUGAGUUUAAAAGAAGAGGUACCCUAUAAUGGAGAGAACAAAAAGAAACAUACUUAUAAUAAUGAAAAAAGAGAGCUAACAAGAAAGAAACUAUUAAAUGUAAGUUCAUUAAAUAAUUGUAAAAGUCAUAAACAGGAUAGAAAAAAUAAAUCUUUUAUUUUUGAAACAAAAACAUUUUCUUAUUUAGAAAAAAAAAUAUUUAAAGAACUUGAUUAUGAGAAUUUUCUUAAAAAUAACAGGGUAAUAAAUAAUAAGUUGUACAAAGAAAUAAUGUUUAAAAAAUAUGGACUACGAAUUGCCUUACCUUUAUUAUUGUUUUUGUUAUUAUCAAUAUCACUAGUAUUAGAUUUAUUUGUGGGUUGUGGUCUUAUAAAUAUGUUGCGCCAAUUACUGAAUACGCAUGAUGAAAACAUUUGGAAGUUUUUAGGACAAACUUUUGGAAAUUUUAUAGGAAAAGAUUUGGCAGACUUUUUAAAGCCUUUAUGGACAUAUACUAAAAUGGAUGGUAGUAAUAUUAAAAAGGAGGUCUAUGCGUCAACUGGUUUAUGUGGUAUAUUAAUAUAUUUCUUACCUUUCAUUAUAUUAGGAGUGACACUCAUAUCAGGAAUUAUUUACUACCAUAAAAAAGUUAAAAAAUUUGAAAAAAUUAAGUUAAGAAAAAGGUAA